AUGGUUCCAAAGAAAAAAAAGACAACAAAAAGUAAAUGGAUGACACAAGAAAUUCUAAAUCAGAUGGAUGAAAGAAGAAAAGUCAAGAGGGACAGUCAGAAAUACAACCAUCUACACAGAACCAUACAACAUAAAUGUAGAAGAGAAAAGGAAAGAGGACAGAAACCUGAGAUACACAAGAACAUGGAAGGUCCAAAAAUACUGCAAUCCGAAAUAAGAUCUGCAGUGAAGAAAAUGAAAAAGAACAAAGCCCCAUGCCCAGAUGAGAUUGUGAUUGAAAUGAUAGAUGCUCUGAAAGACUUCGGUAUCCAGCGUCUAACUACAAUUACAAACAUCAUUUAUGAUACUGGGGAAAUCACUGAUAUUCUUUUGAAAUCAAUCUUUAUAGCACUACCCAAAAAAACAGGUACCACUGAAUGUGAGCUUCAUCGUACCAUCAGCCUGAUGAGCCACAUCAUGAAAAUAAUAUUGAAGGGUCUAAUGCAAAGAGCGAGACGAUGCAUGAAACCCGAAAUAAGCACUGAGCAGUUUGGUUUUGUAGAAGAUUCUGGUACAUGA